CCAGCAGGCGGGGCUCGCACAUGUGGUCUGUCAAAAACAGUGCUGCAGAACAUCUUUCACGAGCGAGAGGUCUCAGGAACAGACCACCGUAUCCUCACUAUAACCAAACAUUGUUUAUAGGGGCGUAAAUUGUGCAGUCUUCGGUGCUGUUCUACUUAAGCAGACUUCCAGAAAUAACUUGUCUUCAUAUAAAAUAUUAAAAGACCCUUCUUUGUAAUCUAAUUUAUACUUAGUUUGUCUUUGUGUGUCAGUAGUAUUUAUCAUUAUCAAAUGAUACUCAGCAGAUAUGCAAAAAUCCGUGUUUUACCAUGGGUGGUAAAGAAACCAUUAAGUUUAGACUUUACCUCCAGCAUGCAUAUACCCUUAGAAUUGCAAACACAUAAAGAAGUAUUUAAAGUAGUAUUUGAAGGCUUAACAAAUUAAGCUUUUUAAGAUGUGGCUAUGACUUUUAAUGUUGUAUCUUUAAAACUAAAAAUUACUGAAGUAAAAUCUGUACUAAAUAUAUUAAUUAUGGGUAUUUUAAUUAAUAGUGAAAAUGUCAGAGUUAUUACCUACCACUUUGGUGAUAAGAAAAACUCCUCAUGCCCACAUUAGAAAGGAGUGGGGUAAACAAAUAAAUAAGCAAUUAUUGUUAAUUCUCUUGUGCUUAUGGGGCCAUGAAGGAUGAGAACCAGACGUGAGAAUGACUGGAAGCAGACCACUUACACCAUGAUACGAAUGGAACUAUGUAAUAGUGAAGGCACAGAAAGAUAAAUGAGGUUAUUAACAUGCAUAUUUUAGUUAUCUGAGAUAACUGAAUAUCAGUUAUAUUCAGUUAUCUGAGAUAACUGAAGAGAUGAGAGUAGCAUCAAGGAUUUUUUUUUCAAAAGCCCUUUUUUUUCCUCAGAGUAGUUUAACAUGCUUUUUUUACUGUUGCCACUAUGUUUUCUUUAAUUACAUUCAGCUGUUCUUUAAGCAGUUGGCUAAUAUAGUUAAAAUGGUAAACAUUUGCCAUUUCUGCAGCUAGAAAAGAGCAUGAUACAAGCCAUUAAUGACAUAAGCCUGUAUUCUGGGAUCAAAGAGUGUGUAUACUUCCUAGGUAUGAUCAGUUGUACAUUCCAAUAUUUUCUAAAUUUAUAAUAUGUGGAUUGAGGAUUAUACUGUCACUGUCUUAAGGUGCUGAGGGAAUACACAGCUUAUCACAGCACCUGCAAAAAGACAUAAUUAAUUUAUUCUACAUUGUUCUGCAUCGGGCUUAAAAUUCUGCAGUGUUUGCCUUUCAUUAACUGGAUGUCCCAGCAUAUUUGAAAGUCUCAGCUACCCAUGACUGUCUGAUAGCUUAUUUCCAAAGGUUAUCCUUUAGCAUCUUGAUCUGUUUGACUCUUGAAAGCACAUGAUCUGCACACUGCAGCAGUCAGUCCAGCUCCUGAGUUUUGUUUUUCACCUUUCAGAAGGCUGGAACGAGGCUGUAUCUCUUGGUGAAUCAUUCGUGAAUCAUUCAUUUUCUGGUUACUCAUGGGUUGAUUAUUUUGCUCCUAACCUAAUGUGUUUAAUCAAAUUCUUCAGGUGAUUCUGUUUUCCUACAAAAACAUCUGUUCUAUAACCAUCUAAUUCUAAAAGACUAGAUCUCACCUGUAUUUUCCUUUCAAACUAUUGGGAAACUUUAUGCUUUCAAAAAUUUUGAAAGAAAAUUUUGUUUGUUUGCUUAUAAAGCAACUUGCAGGCUUGAGCUAAAUUUUACCUGGUCCUUUAUAAAUGCAUCCUGGUUUCUGAACACCACCAUUUCAAUGACAUGCAGUCAUGAGCAGCAGAGCCCACACAGGUGCAGGAAAAUGCAAAGCCAGAGUAACAGCAAAAGAACCUACCAGUUGUGGCCACCUGUUGCCAUUCACUUCCAGUGAAAAGAAAAUCACUGAAAAGAAAAAAGUCAAAAGUGGUACUGACUGAAAUAUUUUUCAGAAGCAGCUGAUAGAAGUAAAUAGAGACUUACCCAGAAGGUGAAUUUCACAUACCCAGGCACUGGAAAUUUCUGCUUCGGUCUUCAGCUUCUCUAUCCAAACAAUGAUCGGAGAGAACAAGAAAACAUGUACAGCAAGCUCCAGAAAGAUGAUUUGGGGUAACCUGGGAAAACCUCAUACACUGGUUCUGCCUGUGCCUUUCUUGAUCUGCUCCUAAAAAUGGAAUAUUCUGGGUGUGAGUUCAUUUACACCAGAGAGCUGCAUCUGAUUUAUCCUCAUGCAAGUUACAACAGCAGUUUCAUCAGGAUUUCAGUUUUAGCAUGCAGGCUGCUACAACUGGAAACUCCAAAAAGGCAUUACAAGAGCGCUGCCAAGCUCCUGGAGAAGAGUCCAUUCUCUGUUGGCGCCCCGAGCCCCCUGCUCCCCUCGCCGGCGAGCCUGCAGCUGGCGCAGCUCCAGGCACAGCUCACGCUCCACAGGCUGAAGUUGGCUCAGACUGCCGUCACCAACAACCCGGCCGCUGCCACUGUCCUCAACCAGGUGCUCUCCAAAGUGGCCAUGUCGCAGCCCCUCUUCAACCAGCUGAGGCACCCCACGGUGAUGAGCGCCCCGCAAGGCCACUCUGCAGGCCCACCCCAGGGGCCCGGCAUCGCCGGCACGAGGUUCCCCUCUGGUGGCAUUGCCUUUCCUGCCCAGAGCCCAGCCUUAGCUGCCCCAGGGGGAGGUCUGGGGGCCGUCCAGGCCCAGACCAACGCAAUUGUCAUGAGUCCCUUUGGAAGUGUCAUGGCUCCGACCUCCGGCCAGCAACCCGUGGUGGUGGGUCUCAACAAGGCAGGUGCUUCCACAUCUACUGCUGCAGGAGGCUUUUAUGAGUACAACAAGCAGAACGCCAUCACUGGCGCCUCUCAGGCAUUCACCUCAGAGGGGGAACAGUCCAGCCAGCACGGCUUCCUUGCUGGUGGCACCCACACUGCCAGCCCAGCAGCAGGGCCACGCUACGAGAGUCACUUUGGGGCUCCCAGCCAGCUGCAGCACGAGGCGGCAGCGACAUUUCCCAAGGAGUCCUACGGGACAGCAGCACAGCAUGGUGCAGCACGGGCCUUCCCCGGCGACCCACACACGGGCUCCCAUCCGAAAGGAGAUCCUGGCCCUGUCUUGCAUGGCAGCAGUACAAGCAACCAGUGGGAAAAUAUCCCUAAUUUCCCCAGCCAAAACAAGCCUGACCUCAUGCCCGGCGACAGCCUGUGGCCGUCAGCGAGUCAGCAGCAGUAUGAAAUAAGAAACGAGCUGUACAACCCCGAAGAGCCGACACCUGACACAAAGUUCAGCACGGCCGCCCCCCCCGCCUUCGGCCGCCUCAACCACAGCGCGCAGAGCUUCGGCAGCCCUCGCAUGAGGCAGAAGGAGGAGCGCAGUGGCGGCACGCCCGAACUGCCCACCCGCUCCCUGCCGCCGCACCAGCUUGGCGACCUGCGCGGCGUGGCCCCUCUCCACUUCCCCCACAUCUGCGCCCUGUGCGACAAGAAGAUCUUCGACCUGAAGGACUGGGAUCAGCACAUUAAAGGAAGUCUUCACAUUCAAAAAUGUAUGGCUUUUUCAGAUAACACUGGUGUCCGGUGUAUGUUAAGCUCAGCAGAUGGAACCUUGCAUUUAUCGCCAAAUAAUGCAGCAGUUUUCAGUCCAUCUGGUAUCGAAGAUUAUCCACCAAAUGUUGGCGCAUCUUUUAUUGCUACACCAGCAAGAUCCUUUGGCCAGCCAGGUCCUACAUUUUCUUCUCCUCCAUCAGGGUUUCCUCAGAGGAAAUCUACACUGGGUCGAGUUGUUCACAUUUGCAACCUCCCCGAGGGAAGCUGCACAGAGAAUGAUGUCAUUAACCUGGGCCUCCCAUUUGGAAAGGUCACCAACUAUAUCCUCAUGAAAUCUACUAAUCAGGCCUUUCUGGAAAUGGCUUACAGUGAAGCAGCUCAAGCCAUGGUACAGUACUACAAAGAAAAACCUGCUAUGAUAAAUGAUGACAAGUUACUUAUUAGGAUGUCUAAAAGAUACAAGGAAUUGCAGCUGAAGAAACCAGGUAAGAAUGUGGCUGCUAUAAUCCAGGACAUCCACUCACAGAGGGAGAGGGACCUGCUGCGUGAAGUGGACAGCAGGUACGGCCCUGAGAGGCCCCGCUCCCGCAGCCCCAUAAGCCGCUCGCUGUCACCUCGCUCCCACACGCCCAGCUUCACUUCCUGCAGCUCACCACACAGCCCGCUGGGGACCAGCAGGACCGACUGGGGAAAUGGGAGAGAGGCAUGGGAUCAGUCCCCCUAUUCUCGACGGGAAGAGGAAAGGGAUAGCAGGGAAUGGCGAGAGAAUGGGGACGAGAAGAGGGACAGGACUGACACGUGGGUACACGAGAGGAAACAUUAUUCCCGACAACUGGACAAGUUUGAUUUGGAUGAACGGCUUGAAGGAGGCAGAGGACACCGGGAAAAAUACUUAAAGACUGGUUCCCCUGGGUCACUUCACCCUUCAUCUGGCUACAAGAACAGGGAAGAUGACUAUUACCGAAAAUCCUCUAAGUCAAAAUCUGACAAGUUUCAGAGGCAGCUGCAGGAUUUACCUGGGAGAUCUAAGAGAAAGGAAGAGGCAAAGUUAAGGGAACACAGGCAUUCUUACGAGGACACUGCCAGGGAGGAGGCAGCUGAACAGAAGCACAGCAAAGCAUCUGAGGGCUCCAGGCAAAAACAAAGUGAUAAGAAUAAAGUGAAGAAAACUGAAAAAGACCAAGAAGAUGCUACUGCUGAAGGCAGUGAUGUAAAGGAAACCAGACCUCCUGAGAAUGAGCUUGAAAAAGAGGAGCAAGUUCCAGUGAAGAGCUCACCUUCAGAUAAUAAACAAGGAAAAGAAUCUGGAGAUAUUCUGGAAAACACAAGGAAAGAAAAGGACCGAGACUGGGAGAGUGGAAGUGAAAUAGAAGGUGAGACCUGGUAUCCUGCUAACAUGGAGGAAUUAGUGACAGUGGAUGAAGUGGGAGAAGAUGAUUUAAUUAUGGAGCCUGAUAUAACUGAGCUUGAAGAAAUAGUCCCAGUUGAUCAAAAAAAUAAAGCUUCUUCAGAAAUGUGUCCCUGUGUGGCAACCGUGUUAGAACUGAAAAAUGAUCACAGCCACUUAACAAGAAGUGAAGACAAAUUUGCCCAUAAAGCUUUAGAAACAAACUUCAGAGCAGCAAAGGGCAAUGCAGCUUCUAGUGGCUGUCAGGAAGAUGAUGAGGAUGAUGAUAAUGAUGAUGCUGCAACUGAAGCAUCAAGCCUAAAUCUGGACCCUGAACAGAAGCCAGAGGAAUUGAAAGACCAAUCUGCUAAGGAGUCUGAUUGCCAGCAGAAGGAAGGAAAAAUUGAUAAGAGCUCUGACACUCAUUUGGAGCCUGAAGAUCACCAUAUACCUUCUGUUCAUCUGAAAGAAGAGACUCUCCAGCUCCCUGAUACGUUUAUAGAUGAUUACAAACAGAUGGGAUCACAAGGAGCUGAGAGCAGAGAAGUUACGGAAACGCUCAUUAAAAACGCUAGCGAAGAAACAAGACAUGGAAGCCAAGAGUGUCCAGAGGCCAAGGCAAAUUCUAGGUACUUGGAAAUGAGAUCUCUGGAAUACCCGGAGGUAGAGUCUAAACAAAGGCCCUCUGCAGCAGGCUGGGAACAAGAGGACGUCUUCACCGAGCUCAGCAUUCCCCUGGGUGUGGAAUUUGUGGUGCCUAGAACUGGGUUUUACUGCAAGCUCUGUGGACUCUUCUACACAAAUGAAGAGACAGCAAAGACAAGUCACUGCAGGAGUACUGUUCACUACAAAAAUCUCCAGAAGUAUCUAUCCCAGCUUGCAGAAGAGAGCCUGAAAAUGAAGGAAGAAGGGAGCCCUCUGCCUCAGGAUGACACUGGCAUCGUUCCUCACUUUGCAAAGAAAAAACUAUGAUGCAGAUGAACUGGAAGAGCUGUAAUGAGUGAAUGCUGAUACUUUACUUUUUUUUUUAUUUUAAAUUUCUAUGAUAUAACUGUCAAUUUGCACUGUACAGAGGAGGGGAAAUAAAGAGCAUGUUCCAUGCAUCUAUGCCCAGAGUGCCAUUAAAAACCAAAAUGCCUGAAACUGUUUCCCACGGUGAAGCAAUGCUGGCAUAUCUGUUAGAAGUGGAGCAAUUCUUUCUCACACUCUGCGUGCUGGGAGUGGUUUCCUAGAUUAAAUCAGAAUUCUCAGGGAUUCUUAAAGUUUUAGUUCUGAUGUAACAUGUCAGGUCAGGUGGAGUACUUAGAAACACUCAGCAUCCUCCAGUGGACGCUGGAAGGAAAGGAGAUGUGACUAUUUAUAGGCUUUAAUGUUGCUUAAAAUACCUUCAGCCAUUUCACUCAUUGCCCCAGUGAGAAGUAGGAUUUGCAUAGGAUAAAGAGAUAGGUAUAAAGCCAUUUUGCUAAAACUAGUGAGUAGAUGGCAUAAUGUAAACCCCAUCAGCACCCACCUCCAUGUCUUAGAGCUUGGUGAAAUGACAAAUGUUUGUGUUGUCAAGAACUGACUGUACACUGCCAGUGUUGUGUGAAUUCUGGGGGAGCCACAGUCUGUCCCAGGGACCUCAGAGCCUGAACCCAGCUCAGCAAGAGCAGUUCAAAUGCACGUGCUGACAGCCAGCCUGCUCUGGUUUCAGCAUUUUCCAUGGUGUGGUCAGGGUGUUCUCCAGGGACCGUUGUGUUUGAAACUCUUCUUUUUGAUAAUUUUAAAGGGUGCCAACUUUGAGUCUUACAGACUUGAAACUCUCAUGAGAGGCUUUUUAAAGUGCCACAUGUUUGGACCAUGUCUCUUUUAGACAUUUUAUUCAAGAUCCUUGCUUUUGGGGUCUUUUUGUUUUCUUUAAAGCUUGCUUUUCCUCAGCUUGGCAACGUUGAAUUUUCCUGGUUUUUAUGGAAAGACGCCAGAUUUCUAAUAUUGUUUUUGUAUUUUAUUUCCCUGAAUUUUUUAAGGUGAAUACAACAAAUGAUGGCUCACGGAGCACUGCACUGAGAACACAGGAUGCACCAGCAGCUCUGGCAUUAUUAUGACCUAUUGUUUCUGCACAGUUGUUGCUUAGUAUUUUGCAAAGUCCCUUUGAAAUGCACUGUACAAGUUUCUGGUUCAUUUCAAUAGGGCUUUGUGUACUAAAGUGAAUACGCAUGCAAAGCAUUGCCAGGAUUGAUCCCAGAGUUUAUAAAAUGGCCUGUGCAGUCUGGGUAGAUGGGGAUUUGCAGGCAUUUCCAUUCUUUGCCUGACUCUAAUAUUCAUCACAGUAUGUUCUGUAAAAAUUGCUGGUACUGGAUGUCCUCUUUAGAUGUUGUGCAGAGGAAACAGUUUCCCAGAAGGUUCUAGCUUUCCCUAAGAAUGACGGGGAUGUUGCACAAUACUGCAAAGUGGCUAAAUUGCCAAAGCUGCUUCCACCAAAGUAUUUGUUCCAUUAUGUCUUGUGCCAGCAGCUGUGCUCGCUCUCUGAAGUACCCUGUAGCCAGGCAGUGUCUCUCAGAGGUGCCUGGUGUUGUUGCCUGAAGCCCUGUUCCAUUCCAUGGCCUGUGCUUUCCAUUCAUUUUUACCAGAGGUAGGUUCAGAUUUCAUAGUUGGAAUUCCUGCUUCUUGCAAGUUGAGGGAUUCUUUGCAUCCCAGAUUCAGACAGAGCCUACCAAAUGACAAGGGGAAAUGAAAAACAUUACAGCCUACAUCCUCCUUUGUCCAGGCUUGAAGUAUGUUAAGACUUGUGUCCAUCUGUCAUUUAAAACAGCUAGUUUAGUUUUAGUCUUGGGGGUUGUUUUUUUUGGUGGGGGAUUUUUUGAUUUGGUGGGGGCUUUUUUUGUUUUUUUUGGUGGGGUUUUUGUUUGGGGUUUUUUUGGGGUUUUUUGUGUUUUUUUUUCUUUUUUUUAGUUUGUUUGUUUGUUUGUUUUUUGGGUUUUUUUGUUUUCUGGUAGGGGGUUUGGUUUUUUUCCCCCCAUGGAAAGAAAAAAACCCACCAAUAUUGCAAACCAGGUAUUUUUCCUUCAAGGGUUGGGUUUUCCUUUGACUGUUUGUUUUUCACAUUGCAGUGAAACUUGAGCACAGGGCUAUUAGGACAAGAGCUUGUAUUGCAGGCUGUAAGAUGAUGAAAAUGGCAGUAAAGAUUGUGCAAUUGUCUUCUAGAGUGCAGCUCUCUAGCUGGUCAUGUAUCAUCUGAAUAUGAAGUUCCCUUGGUGCCCUUCAGCACAAACUGAACACAAGGGAAGGAAAUCAAGCAUCAAAUCUUUGAAGCUAACCCUGCUAUCAAACUGGGGCUCUCACCAGCCUGAUGGGAGCUUGUUAGACCAUGUGGUUAAGCUUAAUUGGAUGUGAGACAUAGCUGACUGUAUAUCAAAGUCAUAUGCCUCCAGCAGCUUUAUCCCCAGGUAACCUCAAAUGAGAAAAGUAUCACUGUUAUUAUUCUUUAUUUGUAGUGCAGCAGAAGCUACAGGUCCACUGCCUUUAUUAUAGGCAAGGCACAAAUCCACAACAAAGACUUUCCCAGGCCAAAGAGCUUUAAAUCACACUUUCUGAAAACAGACAACAGGUGGAUACAGGCAGGCAGGGAAAGCAGCAGGUAACCAUGAGAUUUUGACUGGCAGCAGAAGAAUAAUUAAAAUGAGUAUUUACCCAGGGGCUUAUUUUUGGAUUUAUGGGAGAUGAUUCAAUCUACUUUCCCCCUCCUCUGCUUCUGAACCAAGUUCACUCCCUUUAUUCACUGCUUGUAUUUAACCUUUUUUCCCCCUAGAUAGUUGCAUUAGGAAUACAAAAUCCCUUCUUGAUACAGUGGGUCUUGGUAUCCUUCGGUCCCCAGCCGUUUAAGUUUCAGUCUCCAGAGGUAGAGUCUUGACCAAGGCUCAGCAGGAAAUGUCCUGGCUCCAGACACCUUGUUUGGGUCACAGCUACAGGCCCUUGCUUGCCACUGAGGAAGGAGGUGGCUCUAGAGGGCAUCUCUGCCCUGUGCAGUUUCCUCUUCUGGAGGGAGGUGGCUCAGGUGAGCAAUGCAGGUGCAGAGCCCAGCCCCACAGACCUGAGCAGAGCCAGACAUUUGUAGAGGUAGUUUGGACACCCCAUCCCUUUGGGCUCUGUCUGACAAAAAAGCAGUCUGCAAAAUCCUGAGAUUUUGUGCCAAAUGGGCACUUCCCCUUUUGAGAAGGUCCUUUCUCCCCAAAACGUCAACAUUUGAAAGCAAUCCCAAGUCUCAAUUAGCUCCUAAUGAUGCCCAUGAUCAGUUUUCAGCCCAAUGCACUUUGAGGACUCAGAGAUAAUCUCCUUCCCUCUCCAACAGGCCAUCGUGCAAUGCUGACAGGCACUCCUCAAAUUCUCUCUACUACCUAUUCUGCUGAGAAAGAAUUCUGCUGUAGGCAGCCCCUUACCUUCCUCAGCUGGUGUAAAAAUGUGUUGUUUCUUUUGGUUUAUUAUAUUGAACUCUUGACUUUUUUUAGUUGGCAUAAUUCAUCAUCACUAUAAUCCACACUCUUUAUUUAUAUAUACAUAUCUAUAUAUAUAAGCAGGCAAAAGACAAAGCAGGCUCAGGUGUAGCCAAACAAAUAUUGAUAUUUAAAAAGGAGCUUCCUUAAUAUAUCAAAACCAUUUCAAUACAUCUCAACCAAAGAUUGCACUUUUAUAAUAGGGACUAUGUUUUUCAUCUCUGUGAAAUCUGCAUUGAUCUCAAAUAGUCUUUAAUGUCAAUCUGCAACCUACUUCCUUUGAAGAAAAAAAAUGAAAGAAUUAAACAUUUGCCCCAUUAGAUCAGACAAAGUUCCACAUUGGCUUUAACACUAAAUUAGUGUUAGGCUGGUUAUAUUCAGGGUUUUUUUUUCUAUUCUCUAAGGAUUAAGGCUGUGAUUUGUUGAAUUAUACUUGAACUGGACCAGAUGUACUAUUUAUUGAGCUUAUAUAAUCUUGUUAAUUUAAGUUUUGGUUUGUAAACAGUUGAAAUUUGUUAGUACUUGUUUAAUUAUGUAGGAACUGUCACCAAUAUUAACUGAUCUGUGUAACUGAUUGCAAAGUGUUUUAAUUUGUGUUUCUUAAGAAAGAUUUUAAUAAAGAGAAUUAUAAAGCAUA